GUCAAUGUAAAUAAAUAAGACAUAUUUACUCAGAGCCGCAGAAUAGGUUAAAGCUGACAUGGAUACUGUUGUGAAGAGCAUGCUUGAAGAAGAUCCUGACGAGAAGAAGGGUCUAACAUUAUUUGGAAGGGACUUAUCGAAAAUACCAUGCUUCAGGGAAAGUUUUCUAUAUGGAAUAGCAUCAGGCAUUGGAGUUGGUGUGGCAUCAUUUUUAAAAACAUCCAAACCUUUCUUGUCUCAGCAUAUUGGUGUUGGCACCUUUGCAAUCAGCACUCUAGUUUAUUGGUCAUAUUGUAGGUAUGAAUGGUCAAAGCAAAGAUUUGAUGCUCAAUUAAUGCAAGAAGCUUUAAAAGAUAAGAUUAGAUAUGAAGGUACUGCUGUUGAAAAAGAAUUAGAGCAGAAGGGUAUCCUAAAAACAGUAUAGUUUUUUCUAAUGCAAGAUAGUGAUUGGAGUCUAAUCACAAUCAUACAUUAAAAAUUGUAGACUAGUGUUAUUAAAAUGUAAGGUAUGUAAUACUGUUAAUUUUUUUUUAAUGCUGCAAAUAUUUGAAAUAUUUAUGUUGAGUGACAAUAUUUCAAAGAUACUGGUGCUAAUUCUAUUGAAUAAAAUCUAAACUCUUUUCUCAAUAUUCAGGUGUAAAAGAAUAACACUAUUUUAACUAAAUCACUCAAUUAAAUUCAAUUUUUUUUCAACCACUACUCUCAAUCUUCAUUAUUUAAAGAUUUUUUUAGAAAAACCUGUAGUUGAUUAAUGUUUCUUAGUUCUGCUAAAAACAUUUUAUACCUACAUACUGUACAGUAUUUAUUAUAUUGCCUAUUUGUAGU